AUGCAGGUCGAAAGUGCAACAAAAUGGCGUGUGCCACCCCUGGAUCUGUCGGCCGUCAGUGUCCUGACGAACGAAGCAGAAAGCCGUUGGGCUCACGGCGGCAGUGGAGCCGGUGGUGGCGGUGGAGCGACGAAUCUGAAUGUCCGCGAGUCUGGCACCGGAACGCAGACAAGUGCCAGAAAUAUCCAAUAUGGUGCCGACGGGUUGCCGAUCGACCCACGUGAUUGGACCCGGGCCAACGUUUGGACCUGGCUGAUCAAGCUGGCGCAGUCCGAAGGGUUAGACAUCAGUCCCGAGCUGGCGCAGAAGUUCCCCAUGAACGGAAAGGCACUCUGUCUGAUGAGCCUUGACAUGUACCUUAGCCGGGUGCCGAUCGGCGGGAAGAUGCUGUACCGUGACUUCCGGGUGCGAUUGGCCAGGGCCAUGAGCUUAUGAGCGCCCGAACGUCGGCUAGGGUCGAACAAGAACUGAACACUACUAUUGCAUAAGCGCAGGCGCAUACGGCAUACCGAGUUCGAGUCGGCACGUGUUCCGUCCUUCUCGAACGAGGAUCGUUUAAUUUAUCGUAUAAUCAUAGCACCUAGUUACCAUAAGCUAGCACUCCAAAGUGUAUUUUGUUUUGCCCUCUCUCUAGCACCAUUUCCAAGCGUAUGAAAAUAGUACGGCGAUAGCAGCAACACCAAAACCAAGAAUCUAGCAUGUAUCU